UCAAACAGAGCAACAUCCCGCUCUCGCUCCCACGGUCACCGACGCUGUCUAGAAAAGGCGAAGAAGAAGACACACCUUCAGUUCUCUCUCAUCGCCAUCCUUGCGCUGCUCUUGGGGCUUAGAAGACGAGGCGGGGAUUCCGCCACGCCCGCAAAAAUCAGACUUUUCUGCAUUCUGCAUCUAUCUUGAACCGGAGGCGCUUUCAUUUGGCUCAUAAACAUGAAAAAGGAAACUCUAGGGACUAGUACCGUCGGAGCUGUUAAUGGUCGAGUGACCCGUGCUCGAGGGGCUGCAAUACAUGCAUCUGAGGAAAUAAUUGUUUCAGAAUCAUUUAGGCAGUCUAAACAGCACGAUCAGAAUCAUGCUUCACAGGAGAAGCCAAAGAGAGCAAUUUCGGAUGGAAACGGCAGUGCUGCUAAAAAUGCAUUUGCAAAGCGAAGUAAGCAGACAGCCCUUCAAGACGUAACAAAUGUUUGCUGCAACAGCUUACAUAAAGACUGCUUCAAUGUGACGAAAAUAGUGGCUAGAAAUGGGAAAAAGGCGGGGAAUGCUCCAGUCAAGGUUUCCAAAGUGAUUAAAUCAGUUUCAGUGGAAGUCUUGAAGCCUCAGUCAGAUUUAAGCGCAAAGACUAUAACUGAAAUGGUGGCCAAGGAACCGAGUUCAGCAACAGUUCUGCAGACAAUCGAGCAGGAAGAAGAUGCAUCUUCAUGGUCAAGCAGUGCUGGAUGCACCAUAACCAAUUCUCAGCUUGAAAAAGAUUUUUCUGGAAUGUCUUCACAAAAUCAAGCAGAGAAAGAAAGCCUUCAAGAGAUAUCAACGAUCUCAGAGAAACCACAAGUUACCAAUAUUGAUUCUGAUCAAAAGGAUCCUCUGUUAUGCAGCCUUUAUGCCCCGGACAUUUACAGCAAUCUACGUGUUACAGAGCUUCUCAGGAGACCUUGUUGUAAUUUUAUGGACACUGUCCAGAAAGAUAUCACUCAGAGCAUGAGGGGGAUCUUGGUUGACUGGCUUGUGGAGGUAUCUGAGGAAUAUAAGUUGUACCCAGAUACUCUAUAUCUCGCCGUGUUUCUGAUUGACCGCUUUCUAUCUCAAAAUUACAUUGAAAGACGGAGACUUCAGCUACUUGGCAUCACUUGCAUGCUAAUCGCGUCGAAGUAUGAAGAAAUUUGUGCUCCGCGAGUCGAAGAUUUUUGCUUUAUCACAGACAAUACUUACACCAGAGAAGAGGUAUUGAAAAUGGAGGGCCAACUACUGAAGUAUUUUGGCUUCUGCAUUUUUGCGCCCACUGCGAAAACUUUCCUUAGGAGAUUCAUUCGAGCAGCGCAGGCAUUGUAUACGAGCCCUAGUCUGGAAUUGGAGUACUUGGCUGAUUACCUUGCAGAGCUGACAUUGGUUGAGUACGACUUCCUGAGUUUUCUUCCUUCUCUAGUUGCUGCAUCAGCUGUAUUUCUUGCUAGAUGGACACUGGAUGACUCACGCCACCCUUGGAAUCCGACGUUGGAAUUCUAUACAUCUUAUAAGGCCUCUGACCUGAAGACGACGGUAUCUGCAUUGCAAGGCCUGCAAUUGAAUGCAAAAGAAUGUCCACUAAGUGCUAUUCGUAUCAAGUAUCGGCAGCAGAAGUUCAAAUCAGUGGCGCUUCUGCCUUCCACCAAAACCCAUGAAGCGCUCUUCUGAAGAUGACAGUGCCGCUGACAAUGCUCUAAUCCUCGCUAAUAGCUGACGGCAACAUUUCCCCUGCACGUAUGAAGAUAUGUGAGGUUAUGACUAAUCCCAGAUUCGGCGCUUUCACCGACUUGUUCCAUACAGAUUUCUAGUACUUCCACGUCUGUUCAUACUACGUACAGACUGCUCGUCAUUGUUACUUUCAUUCUUUUUAGGAUGUACAUGUUCGGAUCCUGAGAUCUCGGGAUCCGUCACCCAAUUUCACAUAAUUGCUGAUAUUUUUUUUGUCGUUCUGACUUUAGUUAAUUAAAGUUAACCAUGAAAUGACGACGAGCUCAGUGGUACUACUACUGUAAACUAGCUGGAGAGGAUGUAUCUAGCUCAAUGUAAUCUUGAAGCAAAAAGCCUCCACUCUAUUGUACUCCUUUUAUAUCCAUUGCUCA